AUGGAAAAAGAACAGGAGAACCAAACCAACUUUGCAGGAUUCAUCCUCCUGGGUUUUUCUUCCUCUCCAGAGUUUCAAGGACUUCUUUUUCCUGUUUUCCUUUGUAUGUACCUGCUUUGUCUCCUAGGAAACCUCUUGAUAAUCUUGCUGAUCUUCUCCAACACCAGCCUCCUCCAUGUUCCCAUGUAUUUCUUCCUCUGUCACUUGUCAUUGGCCGAUCUUGGAUUGAGUUCCACCAUUGUACCUAAAAUGCUGCAGAAUCUGCUGUCCCACACAAACACCAUAUCCUACAGUGGUUGCCUGACCCAGGUGUAUUUCUUUGUGAUCUUCAUUGCAACAGAUAACUUUCUCCUGGCCUCCAUGGCAUAUGACCGCUAUGUAGCCAUCUGUCAUCCACUGCGUUAUACAACGGUCAUGAGCUAUAGAUGUUGCAUACAACUGGCUGCUGCAUGUUGGUUCCUGGCUCAUGUUCACUCCCUCUUGUAUGUUCUUUCAGUAUCUGAUUUUACUUUCUGUGCUUCCCGGGAAAUCCCCCAUUUUUUCUGUGACUUUCACCCUUUACUGAAGCUCUCCUGCUCUGACACCUCAUCUGCUGAAGUGCUGCUUGUCAGUGAAGGCACCGCAAUUCUUCUUGGACCCCUUUUUCUGAUUCUCUUUUCCUACCUUUUCAUUCUAUUCAAAGUUUUCAAAAUACCAUCAGGUCUCAGGAAAUACAAGGCCUUCUCCACCUGCAGUUCCCAUCUCACUACUGUUGCUUUGUUCUAUGGGACUCUGUUAGGCAUCUACAUCCGUCCAUCCUCCACCUAUUCGGGGUCUAAGUUGAAAAUUGCAUCAAUAUUAUACACAAUGGUGACUCCCAUGCUCAAUCCUUUCAUAUACAGCCUGAGGAACAGCAAGAUGCAUGAGGCUAUGAAAAAAAUAGUAAACAGAGUAUAUGCUCUUUGA